AUUUCUGUAUUUCUGUACUUCUCACCCAACCAAAUCCCCAAACUCAUCGUCUAUCAGCUUCUUCCUGGUUUCAGAGCUGAAGUAGAGCAGUGCUGCAAAUCCAUGGAGCUUCUUUCACGCUGUUCUACUCUGAUUCCUCAUGCCUCCUCUCUCGGCCUUCUCAAUUCUCAUGGGAAACCGUCAAAUUUCUAUCCAAAGCUCAAAUCCGGUCUUUCUUUUCCUUCGGCUUCAUCGGUUCUCAAAACAACCGCUCGUAAGCCCUCGAGAACCCUAGCUACGUCCUCUUCUGUUCAUAUGACGGGUCCGCAAACGCCGGAUGCCGCCCAGAGAGGCGCCGAGACUGACGCUAUGGGACUGCUUCUCAGGGAGAGGAUUGUCUUCUUGGGGAACAGCAUCGAUGAUUUUGUGGCGGAUGCUAUUAUCAGUCAGCUUUUGCUCUUGGAUGCUCAGGACUCUACUAAAGAUAUCAGACUUUUCAUUAAUUCCUCUGGCGGCUCUCUCAGUGCAACCAUGGCUAUCUACGAUGUCAUACAGCUCGUGAGAGCCGAUGUCUCUACUAUUGCACUAGGCAUUGCAGCCUCAACAGCUUCCAUAAUCCUCGGUGGUGGCACUAAAGGAAAGCGUCUUGCGAUGCCCAAUGCACGUAUUAUGGUUCAUCAACCUCUUGGAGGGGCGAGUGGGCAAGCAAUAGACGUGGAAAUUCAAGCACGUGAAAUCAUGCAUAACAAGAACAACAUUACAAGAAUCAUUUCCGAGUUCACUGGCCAUCCAUUUGAAAAGGUCCAAAAAGAUAUCGAUAGGGAUCGUUAUAUGUCCCCCAUAGAGGCUGUAGAAUAUGGAUUGAUUGAUGGAGUGAUCGACAAGGACAGCAUUAUACCUCUCGUACCCGUGCCAGAACGAGUGAAGGCAAGUUUAAAUUAUAUAGAAAUUAGUAAAGAUCCCAAAAAAUUCUUCUCACCAGAUGUCCCCGACGACGAGAUAUACUAGUUUCAAGCGUUUCAAUGUACCGUUUUCUAGGCUUUCGAUUUAUAUGAUUCACUUGUAGAAUCUUAUGUGUGAGCAAAGUCAUGGUAAGCGGAAACCAGAAAUAUUCUGGAACUUGCUGAGCUCAUCACCUUCGUCUCUACUUACCACAAGUUAAAGAGGUAUUGGGAAUUUGGACUCUUUUUCUAUCUAUGACAUUAUCAAAUUAGCAUUCUUGAGAAAGGAAAACUUGGCAUUGAAUCAUAUUUUUGUAUUGGCAGUGUAUAUUUGUUGAUUGAUU